GUGUGUGUAUAUAUGUGUGUGUGUGAAGAGGUUGGGUGUUGCCUGUGUGUGUAUCUCGAAGAGUUCUGUCAAUGCCUCAAUGGCUUCGCGUGACGAAGACGAGUCUGCGAUUCGGCCAGUUCUGUUGUGUUGGUGACUGAACCUAACCGCCCCGUUCAGCCCAUGGUAUCACGAUUUUGCCAAGUGAUUGGAAUGUUUUUGUUUAGAUUGUUUUAGUGUUUUAAUUUAUAACUACCGUGGGGUAGAACGGGGCCCCUUCCCUUAACUGCUGCGUGUAUACUGCCAAAACAUAUAGAAAAAGAAGACCAGAGGGAAGAAAGGAAAUCUUCAGUGCUGAACGGUAUUUCACUUCGUGCCUCUGUGUGACGGCUCCAGUAUUUUCAGUUUGGAUGUGUUAGUUCCAUUUCCAUCCAACACUUCUAGUGUGUUUGCGAUGGACAUUUCACAUGACUGUUCCUAGGAUGAUGAGUUGAUCAAGGCUUUUGCUUCUUUUGACUCUACUGCCAGCUGAUCAGCCUACCAAUUUACGUCAGAUUUCACGAAAGCUGAAGGAAGGAAGAAUAACAAGGAUGUGUCCAGUUAUGACAGCCGCCAAGGAUUAACGUUGACGAUCCCCAGUGUGUGUGUGUGUGUGUGUUGUUUGUUUUUGUGCGCAAAAAUUGUGCGAUAAAAGAAGCUCGGUAAUCGGGAAAAGGGAUAAACACAAGAAAAACGGACUAGCGAAAGACAGUUCCGCUUGGCUAAUGGCUGCGGCGGCGUCGUCGGUGAUGGCGGCCGACCUGUCGCCGGUCGAGCGUCGCCUCAAACAGCUGGAACGGCUGCUGUUGACCAGCGGAGAGGAUGGAGCCGUCAGCACGUCAUCGUCGCCAUCCACGUCGACGAUUGCCAUCAGCGUCGAGACGCUACUCGACGCCUUGCUCGUCCUUUACGACGAAUGUUUCCACUCGGCCCUGCGCAGGGAAAAGACCGUUUCGGACUUUCUCGAUUUAAUGAAACCGAGCGUGAGUCAGAUCAAGAGUCUUCGUUUGACACGCGAAGACUUUGAGCUGAUCAAGGUGAUUGGACGCGGCGCCUUUGGUGAAGUUUGCGUCGUCAAACUCCGUCACACCGAACGUGUCUACGCCAUGAAGAUCCUCAACAAGUGGGUGAUGUUGAAACGAGCCGAAGCGGCCUGCUUCCACGAAGAGCGAGACGUCCUAGUCCGCGGCGAUCGACGAUGGAUCACCGACCUCCAUUACGCCUUCCAGGACGAGAACAAUCUGUACCUGGUGAUGGAUUACUAUUGCGGCGGAGACCUUCUGACGCUUCUCUCCAAAUUCGAAGACCGUCUGCCGGAGGACAUGGCGAAAUUCUACCUGGCCGAAAUGGUGCUGGCCAUCGACUCGAUCCACCGGCUGCGCUACGUCCACCGCGACAUCAAACCGGACAACGUACUCCUCGACGCCAACGGACACAUCCGGCUGGCCGAUUUCGGUUCGUGCCUGAGACUGCGCGAGGACGGCACCGUUCAGAGCAACGUGGCCAUCGGCACGCCAGAUUACAUUUCGCCUGAAAUCUUAAGGGCGAUGGAGGACGGCCAAGGACGCUACGGGCCGGAAUGUGACUGGUGGUCGCUGGGCGUGUGCAUGUACGAGAUGCUCUACGGAGAGACGCCCUUCUACGCCGAAUCCCUGGUGGAAACCUACGGACGAAUUAUGAAUCACAAGAGCUGCUUUGAUUUUCCAACGGAUUCCGGUCUGGAAGUGUCGGAAGAUGGCAAGGAUUUGAUGAGGAGGCUUAUCUGCAGUGCCGAAUAUCGUCUAGGACAGAACGGCCUCAGUGAUUUCCAGAAUCAUCCGUGGUUUGCCGGUAUCGAUUGGGACAAUAUCCGUGACAGUACAGCCCCUUACAUACCAGAAGUCAGCAGCCCGACGGACACGUCCAAUUUUGAUGUCGAUGACACGGACCUCAGGAGCGCUGACGUCCUUCCGCCCACAGCCAAUUCCGUUUUUAGCGCCCUCCACCUUCCUUUUCUCGGUUUUACCUACACCCAGGGCAGUUUGCUGACGGACAUGAACCGGUUGCUAAUCCACUCGAACGGAACCGGUGACGGAUACGCGUCGGCCACUGCGGCCGCCCUGACUCACGUGGCUGCCACCGCUGCCCUUCCAGCGCUAAAUGGCUCCUCGGGCGGCGAGAGCUCUGCAUGCAAUCCGUCCGGCAACAACAACGAUGUCCGCCGAUUGCAAGACGAAGUCAAUCAGCUGACGAAGCGGAACGGAGAGCUGAUGCAGCAGUUGGCAAGGGCGGAACAGCACGGCAAGGAGAUGUCGGCUCUGAUGAAGAAAGACUUUGAGCUGAGCGAAGGCGAGAAGAGCCAGAAAAUUAAAGACAUGGAAAAGAGUCAGCGCCAGUGGAAGCAGGAAAAGGACGAGCUCGUGCGGGAGAUGGCCGACACGCAAGAAAAACUGCGGCUGCAAUCCAAAGAGUUGAAAGACGCCAUCGGACAGCGUAAACUGGCCAUGACGGAAUACACCGAAGUCUCGGACAAGUUGUCUGAAUUGCGCCAACAGAAAGCCAAACUGUCGCGUCAGGUGCGCGAUAAAGAAGAAGAGCUGGAAGGCACUCUCCAAAAGAUGGACGCACUCAGGAAUGAUUUGCGACGGGCCGAGAAAUUGCGCCGCGAUCUCGAAGCCCGAGCCGAAGAGCUGCAGGCCGACGUGGUCCGCGAGAAGAGGCUGCGCGAACGGGCCGAAGAGCACGCGCGAUCCCUUCACGAGGACAUGGAACGAUUGCAGCAGAAAGCUCAAGCCGGCGAGGCGGCCAUGAACUCGAUGGAACUCAAUCAGGAACUCGCCCGGCUGCGAUCCGAGCUGGAAAAACAAGAAGUUCAGCACAAGGAGGUGAUCGGCCAACUGAACAAUCGGCACACCAUCGAACUGAGUGCGCUCAACGAUCAGCUGCUGGAAGCCGAUAACAUGCGGGCCACCUACGAGAAGGAAUCGGCUCUACUGAAGGAGAAAGUGGAGCAAUCGAGGCAGGAGAGCGCCGUCGAGAACGAAGAAGUCAUCGUCGAAGUGCGACGUGCUCACGAAAGGGAGAAACAAUUGCUCCUGGAAGACACGAAGCGUGUUGUGGCCGAGCUGGAACGCUUUUCCGAUUCGUGCAUGCGCCUGCAGAGCGAGAAGCGAGCCAUGGAAGACGAGCUGUCGGAGCUGCGCAACAAGCAGGCGGCCGUCGCCCAGUGGGAAGCUCAAAUUACCGAGAUCAUUCAAUGGGUCAGCGACGAGAAGGAUGCCCGUGGAUAUUUGCAAGCCUUGACCAGCAAGAUGACGGAGGAGAUGGAGAAUUUAAAGACGCAAGGCGUCGGAGGAACGCCCAGCAACGAAAAGAACUGGAAGAACAGGCGUUCUCAGAAAUUGGACAAGAUGGAGAUUUUGAAUUUGCAGAGCAGUUUGCAAUCGGAAAUCCAGGCCAAGGAGUCGAUCCGAGAAGAACUGACGCAAACGCGGGCCGAUUACAUAGCAGUCCAAAAGGAACUGCGCGAAGUGAAGGCACAGCGGGAAGAGCUGGCUCGUGAUCUAGUGCGCAAGGAUUCGCAAUUGAAGGAGAUGCAACAAAGACUCGAAUCCGGAGACGGAUUUUUGGACAGGCCUAUCUCGCAGAUGUCAUUCCUGGAGCAGUUCCUCAAAGAGUCGUCUCUGAGACGGGCAGCGUCGGCCGACAGCGAAGAGGGCGACAUCGAGGACAAUCGGGCGCCAUCGGUGCUCAGCAGUAGCAAUAAAUCGGCUUCCGAUCUCAGUAGUCCCGUGCAGAGUGGGCCGUCUCACCACAUCAGUCCUCUACAUCCAGGACAGCAAAGCCAGACGGACGGUGGCAACGGUGGCUCACCUUUUGGCCAUCGCAGCAUGGACCGCAGCAUGGACCGCACCAGUGGCCACGUCAUGCAGGCUCCUGGAAUGGUUGACAUGUCGCAGAGCCAGCACAUGAUGCAAAUGCAAAUGCAGUUGCAGCAGAGCCUCAACCUAUCUCAUCCGUCACCGUCCAACAGCGCCGGAUCGCUGCCUCUGCAUUCAUCGCCGUUGACCAGCACGCUGUCGCUGCGUUCCAAAUCGCAUCAAUUCCUCGUCCGCUCCUUCCCGUCGCCGCUCAAGUGCAAUCACUGUACGUCCCUGAUGGUCGGCUUGAGCCGCCAGGGCGUCGUCUGCGAAGUCUGCGGUUUCGCCUGUCACGUGGCCUGCAAAGACAAAGUCCCCCCUCUCUGCCCGCUUCCCACAGAUCAGACUAAACGACCGUUGGGUAUCGAUCCAACCCGAGGUAUCGGGACGGCCUACGAGGGCUACGUCAAAGUGCCGAAGCCGGGCGGCGUCAAGAAAGGCUGGCUGCGACAGUUUGUCGUCGUUUGCGACUUUAAACUCUUCCUCUACGACAUCUCGGCCGAACGCAACGCCCAACCUUCGGUGGCCGUCUCUCAGGUGCUGGACAUGCGAGACGAGCAAUUCGAGGUCAGCUCGGUCCGCGAUUCGGACGUCAUUCACGCCAACAAGAAGGAUAUUCCCUGCAUUUUCCGAGUGAGCACUUCCAUGAUGGACCCCCCAGGGCUCCGCAACCAUUUGCUCAUGUUGGCCGACACUGAAAGCGAAAAGACGAAAUGGGUCGUGGCUCUCAACGAAUUGCAUCGCAUCCUCAAGCGGAACAAAUUACCAAAUCGAGCCGUGUUCAAGCCCAAAGAGGUCAUGGACAAUUCCAUCACGCUGACCAAGACAGCUGGCAGUGGCGCCGUCAUUGAUACCGACCGUCUGGCCAUCGGCACCGAGGAGGGGCUCCUCUGCAUCGAUCUCGAUCGCGAAGAAAUCGCUCGAGUUGGCGAGAGUAAACGCAUCUACCAGAUCGAUUAUCUGCCCGAGGAACAGUUGUUAGUGGUCAUAUGUGGUAAACAGCACCACGUCCGGCUGGUUCCUGUUCGCGCACUCGACGGUGACGAUGUCGAGUGGGUCAAAGUAGCGGACACAAAGGCCUGUAUCAGUUUCACCACUGGUAUUCUUCGUCAAGGACAUGGCACCCAAGCCGCCGUCUAUUGUCUCUGCGUCGCCGUCAAACGCCAGGUGCUCCUGUUUGAGAUCACUCGGACCAAGGCCCGUCACAAGCGACUGAGGGAUAUUCUAUUACCGACUCCAGCCCAGUGCCUCAACGUGAUAUCGGACGGAAGGCUCGUUGUGGGAUAUCCAUCGGGCUUCGCCGUCUACAGUCUGAUGGGCGAUCAGCAUCCGCUCUCGCUCGUCCAAGCCGAGCAUCCCAGCAUUUCCUUCAUCGCCCACCAUCCGCUGGACGCCUUGCGAGCUGUCGAAAUCAACAGCCAAGAGUUUCUGCUCGUCUUUUCCACGCUGGCCAUCUACGUCGACUAUCAAGGACGCAAAUCGCGCGAGAAGGAGAUCAUGUAUCCAGCGCCUCCAUCGGCCAUUGUGUGCUACGAUGGCCAUUUGCUAAUCUACUCUGAGACGCACGUCGACGUCAUCGACUGUCUCACCGGCGACUGGGUCCAGACGCUUAAUCUGAAACGUUGCCUGCCCCUCAAUCAUAAUGGUCUCCUAUCGGCGUCCUUUGCCUCCGAACAGCCUUACGUUGUCUAUUUGCGAAACAUCAACAAAGUUUGCGACGCCGUGAACGUGCCGGAAAGCGAAGUGACUUUGGGCGGGCAAAAUCGAGCAGGAAGCAAUCAGCCACGAACACGGAGGCGAUUCUCCGUUCGCGAAAACAAUCGAACAUCGAAACCGGCGAAUAACGAUCGCCGUUCGAAAAUGAUCUCGGCGCCGUCCAAUUUUAAUCACAUCAGUCACAUGGGUCCUGGCGACGGGAUUCAAAUGCAACGACUCUUGGAUCUACCGCAGCUGGACAAGGCAGAGCAAUUUAUUCCACACCAGGCUGCCCAGCACCUGCCCGGUGCCAUUCCCCUGACGGGCAUGUCGACCAGUUCGAGUAGCACCAGUAUUACGGGAUCGCCGUCGCACAUGAUGACGUUGCAGCAGCAACAACAGCAGCAGCAGCAGCAACAACAGCAAGGCAUUCAGAGGGUGCGAAGCAUGUUCCAGCAGUCGGGUAGUAAAUUAACCGCACCUCGCGUCCCGCCUCAACCGGCCGACCCGUCACCGCCUCGUAGAUCCAUAUCACAGUCAGGAAACUCGUCUUCCGUUCAUAAUGGUGUACCGUUACCUGGUCUGCCUCCUAGGCGGCCAGCUCCUCAGGCGCCGCCUCAUUCGCGUCCAUCUUUACACAUUUCUGGUCCGAUUCUAACUUCGUCCACGUCAGCCAGGACCCCAGAAGGCAGUCAGAUGACGCCGAUAACGCCGAGCAGUAGCCUUUCGGGCCAGCACGUGCCCUUUAGCUUCUCCACUCCGCACGAUAUGGCCACUAAUGGCAGUCCACGACAUUCUAUCGCCUCCAACAGCAGCGGGCUGAGUAAUCCUCCGAGCCCUGGUGUAACGAGUCAUUUACGUGACAGCCGGGACAGUUACGAAUCGUGAACGUUUUGUCUACACUUCUUCAUGGACGCAUUCAUUUUUCUUCGUUUCCACAUCGAAAAUACUAAAAACGAAAAGUGGCGUACUUAUUUAUUUGUCAUCAGGACUCUUUAGAAAUCAAACACACACAAAACAAUAAUAAUGAAACAAACAAGAAAGGAGAGGAAAAACAAAAGCAAAAAAAAAAAAAAAAAAAAAAAAAAAAACAACAAACAAGUUAAGCAAAAAAAAAAAACGUGACGAUAUUGUGAUUGUGUAGCGUAUUGGACGCGAUAUGGAAAGGACGUACUUGUCACUAUUUAAAUUCCUUUUGUUGGUUUGGGUCAUUGUUAUUUGAACGAACCUUGUAGACCUCCUCCUCUCUUCGGCGGCGUGAUUCGUCGAAACUGAUGCAUCAACCGCAACGUCACCGACUUUCAAACACCUCCCUAUUAUUUUUUAUUUUUUAUUUUUUUUUUCUCAAUUCGUUGUCUGUCUUGUGGUGCUUUUAUAGACUAUUCCUUCCCAUUAUUCUCAAGCGAAUCAAUCAAUUAUUUGGCCCCACGUACUUAAUGCAAUUUUUGACCCUCAUUAUUCUUUCCUUUAAAAAAAAAAUGGCAUUUAAAAUUGCAUUCAUUUUUUUUUUUAUGAAAUUGCCGGCCAUUCGUUUGUAGGAUGGAUAAAAAAAAAACGCUUGUACACUUUUGAUGAGAGCUGGCGAUUGCAUAACAUGGGUUUAUCUACAGCGCCAUUUUCUUUAUUUGAAUUUUUUGUGUUGUAAUUCAUUUUUUUUUUCUUCCCUCCCUUAUCUACGUCCAGGGUCUGUUGUACAGCCUUGUAAUAUCGCCCUUUCUUACUAUUAUUUCUUGUUUUGUUACCUUUCUUAUUAUUUUGUGUACGUAGAGCGGCUGGUGACUACCCCUCGUCUACUUAUUAACUGGUCACCGGCCAUUGGCGAGCGUAAGAGUGUCCCCUUUGUUACGAACACCUCCAUCUUUUACCCCCCAGGUUCUCAAACUAAUUUAUCAUUUCUUAAUCUUGUCGACACUGUUGGAUAGUGACUGUUUCCUUUGUUCACGCUAACCGUUCCGUCGUGGACUUCGUUUACUGAAACCUUUUCUUUUUUUUUUUUUUUUUUUUUCAUCCUGAUAAUUUGCUUGACACUUUAGAAGAAAAGAAAAAACGCUGCCGCUCUAAUAAUCCCCAGACCUACAUACUGUGAAUGUUUACGUGCUCCCCAAUUUAGGUCUUCUUUCAUAGGAAAUAUACAAUUUAUCAAAG